GACCUCCUGGGGCCAGCUGACCUCGGUAAAUCCCUUUUGUCUAAGCUUCAGUUUCCUGCCUGUGAAUGGGGUUGAGGCUGUGCUCCAGUUUCACCCUUGUGGCUCUGGGGUUGUGGUGACAAAGCCAUCAAGCUGGGUUGGAGACUGGCUGCUGUGUCUACCUCUUCCUCAUACUCCUCUCUCUGCUGCAUCCUGGGAAGCUGCUCAGCUCAGCCUAGAUUAGGCUCAGUUGUGUCUGUGUGUGCACGUGAUUGCACGUGUGUUGGAAGUGUGUGGUACUGACACCAGAGUCAGUGUCUCUGGGUGAGUGAGGCUUGCACAUUUCUGGGGACAGGGAACUCACUACCUUAUGUGCCCAGAACAAGAGCUGUGGGGUCUGGAGAAGAAUUCUAGGCCAGCCCCUGCAGUCUUUCCUCAGGUGACAUGGCUUCCCCAGACCCACUUCCCUGGAGGUGCCCUGUCUGCAUUCAAGGGGUAGAAGGCUGACUGGGACAGAAUGUGACACACUCAGCAUGUGAGGAAAAGCUUCCUUCAUUCUGUAGGCCCUACCUCUGUUGACAUGACCUUUGAUAAAUUGCCUCCCUUCCUGUCUCCCCUCUCUGGAACCCUCAGCUGCUUCCACGCUUCAGCUGUGCCCCAUCACAGGCAGCUCUCUGUCUCCCUACUUUCCCCAGCCCAGGGUUUUCCUUUUGGGGUCAGCUACAGGGGUCUGGACCAUCCUUUGCCCACUCAGACAUUCUUCCUGCCCACCUGCUGCUGAGAAUCCUGCAUGUCUCAUAUGCUCUCAGGCAGAGAGGAAACUGCUGAGCAGGCCAGGGCAGGGGACGGAGCCCUGUGACUCUCCACUUUAGACCCCUCCCAGCUGACUGCUGUGGAAUGCAGCCACUUAGCAGAGCCAAAUCCCCUGAGGUUCCUGUCUGCUAGACAGCAGGACAGGUCAUGGGGCCUUGGUUCCUGCCCCAUCAUCUUCCCAGUCACCCUGAUCUUCAGGGGGAGGAACAGCCAGGGAAAGGGUUUGGUCAUAGCACCUCCACCCUAGGGCUAUUGAGGAUCUCACAGUUGUGUGUCUGGUGGGUUCUGUCCAGAGCCCAUUUGAGAGCAGUGGGUGACAGGACAGGCCUAUGUGACCCAGGCAGGCAGCAAUAUUGGGUCAGCCUUCGUGUCCCCUUCUGUCAGCUGGGGCAGCCUGGAAGGAUGAUUGUGGGGUAGGUGUUAUGGGAAUAGACCUCAGGUGGAGGCUGCAGGGGCUCUCUGGCACUGUAGGCACAGCAGGCCCAGGAGCAGGGGAGGCAGCCAUGACUCGUGGAGCCUCUGGCCCAUAUCCUUGGCAGAUGAGGGCCACAGGGGAAUGGGCAGCAGUGUCUAAGGUCCCCUGGGCUGGGCCCAUGGCUGUUCCUGGCUCAGACUUCUUAGUGGGCUGGUCAGAAACAUGCAGUAGCUUGGGGCAGUUACCAAGUGGCCAAGCCUGCGCUGUUGGGCUGUGUGAGCUUGGGCCAGCUCAGGCCCUCUCUGGGCCCUGCCUUUCUGGGCUGUUCAGGUGGUUCCUUGGGCCUGGAGUGCUAAUAUUUCUGGAUGGGCAGCAGAACCGGUCUACACUCAGGGCCCCAGGCCAUGUUCCCGGAACACACCUUUAGCAUUGACAUCAGAGUGUGGUGAGGCCCCUUAGGCUGGGUUCUGGUCUGGUGCCAGGGGCACCACUACUCCACUGCCUCCAGAGCCAUCUCUGGGACACUGGCUGUGAGUUCAGAUGUUCUGAACAGGGACAGGGAAAGCCAGAGGAGGACCCAGCCUGGGGCUAGCUGGAGGGGCUCGUGGGGAGACAGCGCCCUUUGGAGGGAACUGAGUCUGGAAGGAAACCCUUUCCCCGGGUCACAGCACCUGGCACCCAGGGCCCUCCCAGGGCUGCGUGAACUUUAGUCACAUGGUGACAGGCCGAGUCACCGUGCCAAGUCACUGUGCGCCUCCUUGCUGCUGUGACGUCAGCUUCCCCAUCCUCCCAGCCAGGCUGGACCUCUGUGAGAGGCCUGCCUGUCCUGCACCCUGUGCAGAUGCCUCCCACUGUCUGCUGGGGCUGAUGGGCACCUCCUGGCUGGUCUCUUGUACUAGCGGGUGCAGCCCAGAACUGUCUUCUGAGGAAGAGGUGCUCUCCUGGGCCCCCACUGUCCCCAAGCCUCAGCAAGGCAAGUGAGGUGCUGCCGUCAUCCAGACUGGACAGUUCAUUGAUUUGCCUGAGGCCCCACGGCAGAGUUCAACUGGAGACCAGAGAAAUCAGCUAGAGGCAGAGGGAGGUCACACGGAGUCCCCCAGAAAGGACUGGGCUACGCGCGCUUCAGCUCUUUCCACCAAAUCCUCCCAUCUUUCGUGGCCAACACCCCAGGCAAGGCUUGCUGCCCCCGUCUGCUGCUGGACACAGAGCCAUGAAGAAGAGGUUAGUGGUGCUGGGCCUGCUGGCCGUGGUCCUGGUGCUGGUCAUUGUUGGCCUCUGUCUCUGGCUGCCCUCGGCCUCCAAGGAACCUGACAACCAUGUGUACGCCAGGGCUGCCGUGGCUGCAGAUGCCAAGCAGUGCUCGGAGAUUGGGAGGGAUGCACUGCGGGACGGUGGCUCUGCGGUGGAUGCAGCCAUUGCAGCCCUGUUGUGUAUGGGGCUCAUGAAUGCCCACAGCAUGGGCAUCGGGGGUGGCCUGUUCCUCACCAUCUACAACAGCACCACUCGAAAAGCUGAGGUCAUCAACGCCCGCGAGGUGGCCCCCAGGCUGGCCUUUGCCAGCAUGUUCAACAGCUCACAGCAGUCCCAGAAUGGGGGGCUGUCAGUGGCGGUGCCCGGAGAGAUCCGAGGCUAUGAGCUGGCGCACCAGCGGCAUGGGCGGCUGCCCUGGGCUCGCCUCUUCCAGCCCAGCAUCCAGCUGGCCCGCCAGGGCUUCCCCGUGGGCAAGGGCUUGGGGGCAGCCCUGGAAAACAAGCGGACCGUCAUCGAGCAGCAGCCUGUCUUGUGUGAGGUGUUCUGCCGGGAUGGAAAGGUGCUUCGGGAGGGGGAGAGACUGACCCUGCCGUGGCUGGCUGACACCUACGAGACGCUGGCCAGGGAGGGUGCCCAGGCCUUCUACAACGGCAGCCUCACGGCCCAGAUUGUGAAGGACAUCCAGGCAGCUGGGGGCAUUGUGACAGCCGAGGACCUGAACAACUACCGCGCUGAGCUGAUUGAGCACCCGCUGAACAUCAGCCUAGGAGAUGCGGUGCUGUACAUGCCCAGCGCGCCGCUCAGCGGGCCCGUGCUGGCCCUCAUCCUCAACAUCCUUAAAGGUGAGUGGUCGCACCACAGCCCUGUGGUAGGACCCAUGACACGCCCCACCCCUGCUGCAGCUCUGCUGGCCCCCAUGCCACGUCUUUGCAUCACUGAGCUCCCAGGGAGUGCUCCUGUGUCACAGCUCACCAUGUCCUGCCUUGGGGACCUUGGCCAGGCUCGUGGCAUCCAGCAGCCUCUCAAUGUCAAUACCUCCAUAUUCAUCCCUCAGCCCGCCCUUGCCGGUGCACCCAUACUUAUACAUGCACCCAUGCUCUUCAGGUCUGAUGAAGCAUCCAAAGCCCUGGGGAGUCAUGGAAGGCUGUGGGUGCCAGAGGGUUGUGGUCAGAGCCACAGUCGGGGGCCUUCUGCGACCUGUGCCCCCCUCCCCACCCUCCCUCCCCACCUCCUCAGGCCAGCUCUGGGGUCUCGGCAGGUGGUCCGCAACAUGACCUCCGAGUUCUUCGCUGCCCAGCUCCGGGCCCAGAUCUCUGAUGAUACCACUCACCCGAUCUCCUACUACAAACCCGAGUUCUACACACCGGAUGAUGGGGGCACUGCCCACCUGUCUGUCGUCGCAGAGGACGGCAGUGCUGUGUCCGCCACCAGCACCAUCAACCUCUACUUUGGCUCCAAGGUCCGCUCCCCAGUCAGUGGGAUCCUGUUCAAUGAUGAAAUGGAUGACUUCAGCUCUCCCAGCAUCACCAAUCAGUUUGGGGUGCCCCCCUCACCUGCCAAUUUCAUCCAGCCAGGGAAGCAGCCGCUCUCGUCCAUGUGUCCAACGAUCAUGGUGGGCCAGGACGGCCAGGUCCGGAUGGUGGUGGGAGCUUCUGGGGGCACGCAGAUCACCACGGCCACUGCACUAGCCAUCAUCUACAACCUCUGGUUCGGCUAUGAUGUGAAGCGGGCCGUGGAGGAGCCCCGGCUGCACAACCAGCUUCUACCCAAUGUCACAACAGUGGAGAGAAACAUUGACCAGGCAGUGACUGCAGCCCUGAAAACCCGGCACCAUGACACUGAGAUUGCAUCCACCUUCAUCGCUGUGGUGCAAGCUGUCGUCCACACACCUGGUGGCUGGGCAGCUGCCUCGGACUCCAGGAAAGGCGGGGAGCCUGCCGGUUACUGAGUGCUCGGGGCGGACAAAGCUGACCAGCAAUGCAGGGACAAGAUACUCACCAGGACCAGGAAGGGGACUUUGGGGUCUCCUGUGAGUGGUAGAGCAUCACAAUAAAUGAAGCCACUGUGUCAGGCUCCAGGUGGCCUCCCUGGCCUGGCUCCCCACUC